GGAGUCGAGCCUUGCUCGUGAUUUUCCAGGUUGCUAUUACUAGAACUAGGUUCUAGGAGAGUUAGAUCAAAAAAAUAACAACAGAUUGAAUUUGGGAGGUUUUGACAUGGAAUUCCAUCGUUUGACGGAAGAGUCGGAGUUCAAAAACGUUGGAGGUUCAAUACAUAGUAUAGUGCAUGUAACCGACAUGGUGGUAAUAUGCACAUAAUAUUUCCGGACGAUCCGCCCACUUGUUAGCUUCUUGGUCUAUGCUUUGCUUACUAGACUAGGAAGCUAGGACACUUCACUAACUUUUCCAUCCCACGCUUCACUCAAGUAGUACCGGCAACUAGAUUGUUGAGAUUGACUGGAUUUGGUAUAGGGAAAGCUAGGUAAGCUCCCUUUCCUUCCGUACAGCUAGAGAGAACGCUUGGCUUUAGUUUCCGCUCUUGUCAAAAACUUUCUCAUUCACUCGUUCAUUCAUUCAUUGAUUGUGCAUCCGGCCUAAACAUCACAGCCAAAAUUCAAGAACUCUAGACCGCGUCAUGUUGAUGGUGAAUUCCUUAUCGCUGUGAUAACCUCAUGACAUUUUAAGAAAAUUCGCAUCUAACUUUGAGGUUCAACAGCGACUUACCGACCUGUGUAUUAUUGGAUUGCACAGUUUUCGGUCCUACAAAUUGGUAUUUGAUUGAAACCACAAACGUCUUGAGCCCAUUGCGGCAAAUUCAAUCAACAAUCGCAAUCAUGUCGUCGCCAAAUGGUGGAAUGACUAUUGAGGAUAUAUGCGCUACCACAACAUCGACUGUGGUGGUGGCAUGGUCAAAAACCACGAGACGGAUGCGCGUUGUUGGUGGUGUGUUUCUAUUUUUGUAAGUAAAUAUUCAUAUCAUAAUCCAAUUCUUCGUAAGUACUAAGAUAAUAAUUUUACUCUAGCAUUCUCUCCAUUCUACUUUUCAGACCCUCAAUUCCAGAACGCCCAUCACUGCCCAAAAUCCCAAAAGUCAGCCUCGACUAUGGCGCCCCAGCUCCCUCCCAAUUUAAUGUCUCCAAAGUAGCUCUUCUGAUCGAAAACCGCGUCAAUCCAAUUCUCUCACCCCUCAUGCUACACUUCAUGUCCGUCGUACCACCCGAUUGGCGUUUCCGUUUCAUGGGCAGUCUCGAAUCUGUCGCGCAUGUGAAUACAAGCCGAGCUAUUCGUCAGCAUGUUGCAUCAGGAAAACUCGACCUAACAUAUAUUCCCGCCAACAUGACCACUGGGUCACAGGAAGAAAUCAGCAGAUUUCUGACAAAUCUAUGGAUUUAUGAAACGGUUCUACAACCUGCUGAAUGGUUACUGGUUUUUCAGACGGAUAGCAUGCUUUGUGCGAAUAGUAGGCAAAGCCUAAACAACUGGUUAGAUUACGAUUGGGUGGGAGCACCAUGGAAUCCUAAUGGGAGAUUUGGAGGAAAUGGAGGAUUGAGUUUAAGACGCGUAAGCGCCAUUAUCGAUGUCCUCCGCCACCAAGUACGAUUAGAUGAUUCAGAGGCAGAAGAUGUAUGGCUUACUGAUCGAUUGGGACAUCGGCCAGGGGCCAAACUUGCAAAUGGGACAACCUCACUUACAUUUUCGGGAGAGAUGCACAGUGGACAGGGCGAGCGAGUUUCCGCCGAGAAAAAGAAGGGGAAAGGAAAAGACGAAACGAAAGCUGGGGGUUUGAUUAAGGGGGUUGAUGAUUGGAGAGAUGGUUUUUAUGAACCUAUGGGCUAUCAUACUGGUGGGAGUGGAGUAACACUACAUUCUGGAAUCUGGGGAACGCCUGAGAAGAGGAAGCAUAUUUGGGAUUAUUGUCCUGAAGUUAAGAUGACGCUAAAAAUGGAUGCAGCAAAAUAUGUCCCAGGAGAUUGUCGAUCGAAUUGGAAGCGAUGGGAUAUGGGUCAAGAGGGUGUUGGUGUUGAUCGAGUAUAUGAGAAUGUAGAAAUCAUUGGUGGUGUGGAAUAUCCUUUACUACCUGCUGGUUUAGUACCGUGGUAACUUGGAUACUUCCUAUCUCCAUCUCUCUAUCAUUUUACUGCGCGCAAUAUAAUACUAGGUGUUUAUUUUAAAGCUGGUCUAUAAUUAUUUUCCUUUUUUUUUUUCGUCUUUCCUUUCCUCUUUUCUUCUCUUUUCUUUUCCUUUCUUGAUUCGGGCGUUAUAGGUGAAACAGUGGAAACGAUGUCUAUGAAUAGCAUGUAGGAUACGCGGCGUUAGGGGCCUUCCAGGAAU